AUGCAGCCUGCAGGUGAGCCUCCCGUGCCUAUGGCUGAGUUCUGGGAUUGUGCAUUCAUUGUCGACCGUCCCACUAGCAACAACUUGCUAAGCGAAGAUGGGGUUUUCAGUUGUCUUCUCCAGACCAUUCAGGCUCCGAUAUUCUGUCGAUACGGUUGGUCAUUAAGUCGUCUGGUCUUGUCGCUCAAUCAGCACUCAUUUUUCUCGUCGCCUGCGGCUCGACCGUUCCUGGCUGAUUCUUCCUUCAACUCUAACACUUAUCCGCUUACUAUGUAUGGUCUCGGCUCUUCAUUGUAG